AUGAACCAAAUUCCACAAGUAUGUAUUUAUUUACAACAUCCAAUUUGUCAAAUUAUUCAUUCAAUUGCAACUCAAUUUCAUAUUCAUAAAGAAUUACAAAAAUAUGAACAUUUUUCUCAUAGGAUUUUCCUUUCAGUAUUGUUUGCUUAUUGUAACACUUUCUUUAGUGGAAUUAUUUUUGAUUAUCAAGUUAAUACUAGCUUGUAUAUUAUGGUUGUUCAUACAUCAGUAGCUGUUAUUCUCGAAUCAAACUUUGUUUUUACAUUAUUACAGAAAUAUAUUUUAAUAGAUGACUUUUGUUUGGCUGUUAAGGCUAUGAGGGCUGGGUGUUUCACUUUUUUAAGUUUCUCAGAUAAAUAUUUCUCUGGAAGUCAUUUUCUUAUUUGUUCAAUUUAUGCAUUAUUUAAAAGUUAUGGCUCAGAUGUGUAUGGUCCAAUUAUAAGUUAUUGUCUUGGUAUUCCUGUUAAACCAUUUAGGCUAUUUGUCCCCAUGGAUUUUAUUAAUGAAUUUCCAUUCCUUAUAGUUCUUUAUUUUGCUCUUCCAUCUAUGAAUAAUGUUGAUAAAACAUUAUUUAUUAUUACUUUUGAUAUAACCACUGUCAUAAAUAUUAUCUUAUUAAAUCAUACUCAAAAAUCAAUGCAAGACUAUGUAUUAGACUACUUAGUUAAACGAUCAAAAAAGUAA